AUGUAUGUUUUCACGGGUUCUAAAUCAUCACAGAUCGCCAUAACAACGAUGCAGUGCUUUUUGGUCAUCUUGAACAUCACCGGAAAUUCUCUGGUGUGCGUAAUUAUAAUGAAAAACCAAGACAUGAGGUAUGUGUUCCUUGAGACCUGCAAACAGCUUUCUUCGUAAAACUAUUGUGAGCACUGACUUAGAGUUUUAACUUCCGGCGAGAGAGGAACACGGGUUCAGUUUUGUAGGGGUGUGCCGCUGAGGCCUUCAACUGAAACUAACAAAAACCAUUUAUUUUGCUACCCUGAGACCAAGAGACUUUUUAUUUUUAUGACCCUUAUUCAUUUCAUUUCGCUUACCCGAAUCAAGUAUUUUCAAGAGAGAAUUCUCUCUUGGUAUUUUUAAAAUUAACAUGGUAGAAUUAGAUUUUUAAAAAAAGUUGGUACCGUUGGUACGGUAUAUGUAGACUGCACAGUCUGCCAGCGUUGACCCUGCACUGUUCAAAAGCCUUCAGUCUCAAAGGCAUCCUGUCAAUAGUAAAAGUAUAUACCCUGUUCAACCUCGUUCCCAGGGUUCUCUCCUAAGACGAGUAGGAGAGAACCCACGGAACAGGGUUGAACCCUGUUCAAAAGCUGUUUCAGCGAGACAUAUCGGCAGAUCAACGGGUACUACACAGAGAGCAAAAAAGAGCAUUUGUGACCGAGUCGACAAAUAUCUUUCACGAAUAAUGUCUUUAUCUUCCUCCUGCUGAUCGCAUUUAUUUCACUUAUUUUCCCCAGAACUUCAAUUAACUUCCUUCUCCUGAACUUAGCUGUUGCCGACAUGACCGCUGCCACGUUCUUUCUACCGCAGUUUAUUUUUCUCAGCUCUUCUGCCCACCCAGAUGGAGAGUCUGGCAAGAUAUUAUGCCGAUUGGUGACGGGGGGCACCAUAGCUUACAUCGGAGGUGUUGCUUCGGUUGUCACAUUGAUUGCCAUAGCAGCUGAACGUUACUAUGCAGUGAUGCAUCCCCUUAAGAACAUAGGAAAGCUUACUGAUCGCAAAAUGAAGGUGCGUUUAGCGAAUGUCGUACGUCUGAUAGUAGCGAAAAAGGGCAGGAAGCGCGGGAUGCCUAGAUGUAGUCCCUCUUGGCGGUUACGCAUGCCUCCGAGGUCUGCGAAAAAAAGCACGGGCACUACGUACAGGGACGAAACUAAACUACGAAACUACGACAGCGACGUCAAUGAAAACCUCGCUGAGAAAAAAACUCCGCAUCCUUUCAAGCCAUUUCGCGAUUAUCCCAAGUCGCCCAGUUAUUUAAAAGAAGGGAACCGCACUCGCGCGAGUUCAGACAAAGAUGGUAGAAUUCAUCACCUUGCCGUUUCUGUUCUCAAGAAAACUUAAAAUUUUGUUAUUUCACGUCGUAGUCGGGCAGGGAUGCGCGUCAAAGAAAAGAACAAAAAGGGUGAUGCACUUACAGAGCUGUUGUUUUGCUUACUAAACCUAUUGUUUUUUGACGUUGCCAUUGCUGUUGCCGUCGUAGUUUCGUAAGGUCCCUACUAACGGGAGGAGACGGAAGAGUUUAGGGAAACGGUUCUACUUCGAUCUACUGAUUCUUCGAAUUCGGAAGUAUUCGUGGAUGUUUGGCUUUAUAAUAAAUGGCUUUACCUCGGGUUGAGGUAAGUUGGCAAGAUGUUUUUCAGAGUUGUUUUUGUAUUAUAUUUUCAUCAUUUGUCGGCGGGUAAAGUUUAUAUUUGGCUUUCCCUGAACAAGUCCAUCGGUGAGUUCUCAAUGCUAUAUGAGUGCUCUAAUAUGAGCACAUGUGAUCUAUAAUCACGAUUUUGACUUGUAAUUAUUUCAACUCCAUACAGUUUAUUUAGAUAUUCCGGAUGGGCUUCUCACUUUCUGUUUAUAACUCACGUAUGUCCCUUCGCGAGUCUCAGCUAAAAAAUGGUAUCUAAUGCGCAUGUGCAUCAGCUGACUGUGUCCCUUUAACUGUUUUUGUUUUUGUUUUUUCCUUUUUAGGUGAUUGUAACUUGCUCUUGGAUCUUUGGAGUGAUUAUAAACAGUCCAACCUUAAUGUUUGGUGUUUAUGACAAGAACGAAGGUGAUUGCAUUGACGUUCACCCUCAAGAGUGGAUGGAGAAGGCCUAUUCUGUGAUUUGGUCUCUGUUCACGGCAAUUUUACCUGUUUCUUUCAUGAUUACGUUAUAUUCACGUGUCGCGUACACUUUGUGGUUCAAACGUGCAGUGCAUGAUGGAAGAGAGAUCUCUCUACAACAGGUUUGAACAAAAAUUCUUCUGCACCUUGAGCCGGCACCGUUUUUACUCGAAGGACCGUUGCAGCGCGAAAAUAGGGACUUUACGAUCCGACAACGAUGACUUCCAUGAAAACGUCACUGAAAAUAGACUUCGCAUCCUUUCGCUUUUUUUCGCGAUUAUUUCAAGGGGCCCAGUUACUUAAAAGAAGAGAAUUUUGGUUAAAGCUGAAGAGAAGGGACCGCACCCGAGUCCUGACAGAGAUGGUAGAAUUUAUCGCCUUGCCGUUCCCGUUCCCAAGUAAACUUAAAAUUUGGUCAUUUCACGUCCUAUUUAUGGAGGGACGGCAAAGAAAUGUACAAAAAAGCGUGAUGCACGUGCAGAGUUGUUUUUUUGCUCAUUAAACCCUUUUUUUUUGCCGUCGCCGUCGUAGUUUCGUAAGGUCCUUACUUUCCGACUUGUCGGAGCGGCGCUCAUUUAAAACGUUUUGUUUGUGAAAAACAUCGUACUCCAUCGCAUGGGAAAACCGGUCGGUUCACGGUUUGGGUGAAUGGUACGCAAAAUCCAGUUCCUUUUACCGAAAAACGGUCGCGAAAGCCUGGAACUGGUAUCAAAGAUGGGUUUCAACCAGGGCGGAUAAAGGUUGGGCGGUGAAACGAGCGCGUCCGAGCAAAAAGGUGUGAUGCAGUGGACUGGGACUCUGCUUAGAAAUGUCGCUUGUUUUCGACUUCGGUCAGGGCUUGUGAUGUGGUUUGUACAUUAGACACUGCCGCUGUCACUGUAUUAUGGCGGCUUAAUUUGUUUUCUUGCACUUCUUCUUCGUUCCUUUGUCCUGGUACGCUGUCUCCGAGAGGCAAAUGUUGCUAUUUUUUUGCGGGAGGUUUAGUUGGAGUAGACAAACAUACAUCUCUUUCAAAGGGUUUCUUUUAUUACUUCCAUGACUCUACCACUGAAUUAUAUUUUCGUUCUGCUACCCGCCAAUCUCGAUGUUAUUCCAAAACAAAAACAACUAAAUACUGUCUGAAACACGAAGGAAAAGCUCAUCCAUGUCAUCCAUGGCAAAACUAAAAGACAGCAGAUCGUGUUUCAUAGCUAGAUGACGUGUAUUUUAUAAAUGCGUGCAGCUCGUGCAAGGUGAAAUUAUGCUAAUUUCAAUCACCAUCAUCCUUCUUUUUAAAUUUGAAAAAAACAUCUCAUACGUCUUUCUGUUUCUUCGAAACUUCAAAAUUAGUUUCCCCUCAGUUUUUACUGUUUAUCUUGUUUUGUUUUAGAGAGGAAAACUGAGAAAAAACCUUACAACUAACCUCAAUAAAUUUUGUUUACAUGCGGUUGCCGGAUUUGCAACGCAUUGCGCGAAUCGCCAUGGCGCGUUGCACCCGAGAAGCAAAGUUUGAAGAAGUACAACGCCACUAUAUCAAUAUAUAUCAAUCUAAUUUUUUGUUAUGUUAUACAAAAUUUAUCCCCCUUUAACAUAUGUAAAAAUUGAGGUUAAGAAGUGUUAAGCUUUUGCAAACGAAACGGCGAAAGACGAUUAGGUGAUAUUUAGUGGAAGGAGGAGGUAUUCAACACUUUCAAAUUAAACUCAAAUUUUGGCAUUAUACGACCAACAAGUUUGACUUAUAGACGUACAGACACAAACAUAUGAAACUGUUUAUUGAUAUUGUUAUGAAACGAAUUUAUCUAUUUAACAUUGUAGCCUGAAAUUACAGAAAUAAAAAAGGAUUUCCGGUUUGCAAAAAGGAAAAUUUCGCCGGCCUUCAAGCGCACCGGAAGCGCGGAAAGAGCGCUCGUGCCAGUCCUUCUCCGCAUCACACAUUAAAUGAAGAGCGGAGCGCUCGUUUCACCGCCCAACCUUUAUCCGCCCUGGUUUCAACGAAUGGUACUCGAAUUACUGCUUGGAAUAUUCCAUCCGGAAAAACAGGACUACUUUCACAGAUGGUAGUUGUUCCCGUAAAUUUUCCGAUGCAACUCAAAAAGGCAUGUUGCGCUUACUUUCCAACCGGAUUUUUUGGUUAACAACCUCAAUUUUUUGGUUUUGUCGAUCCUAUCCUUGCCCGGUCGUGUAAAAGUCAUAAGCCGUCCCGUGAGGCCAAAUGACCUGACCGCGCGGUUGCUGAGACACCGGGAUGAGUCCACCUGUAGAAAAUCUCUCCGGAAAAGCCUAAUUUUGGUGAAUCCCGCUUCCAGGGAGGCGUCCAAAUCCCGUCAACAACAUAAAUUUUGCGUUUUCCCGAAUCCCGCAUUAUGUUUCGCUCAAAUUCGGGAUCCCGAGGGUACCCUUCCCGACCCUGUAUACAGCGAUUAAUACAGGUGCUUGAAUUCACCACUCUUUUACCUGUUCUUCCACAGGGCCUGCUGAGGGUACGAAAGCGGGUCACCUUGAUGGUUAUCACUGUUAGUGUCAUCUUUGGAGUAUGCUGGCUUGCUGACGCUAUAAGCUGGAUCCUAACCUCCUUUUCCUCUCACUAUGCCAGCAGUGAUAUGUCAUACAUCGCCACUAGCACGUUGAUCUUGUUCAACUCGGCUAUUAACCCAAUUGUAUAUGCUUUAGUUAAUCAGAAAUUCAGGGCCAAGAUCAAGUCAGCUGUCAGCUGCCCUUACAGUGUGACCCGAAAACUGCAAUUAACGGACGUUCGAGUAGGAUGUAAUGCUGAGGCAUUCGAACACUCGCCUUAUUUGGCAGCAGUUAUCAGGAUUCCGGAAAACAAAAUUUCCAAUGCCCGGACACUGAGUGCAGAAUGUAUAGCCAUCUAAUUAAGGGUAGAACCGUAAUAUCAGCCUAUAAAGAAGAUGAACCUUUUCACAAAUUGAAUUUAUUAUAUCAAAUAGGAGCCACCUUAAAAUUUCAUGACUGCCUGCUAUGAUUCAAGCAGACCCUGUUAAACCCUUCAACCUAGAUAUUUCUUUUAAAAAGUUUUUGAUGUUUGGGCCGUCCUCCUAAAGAUGGUUACAAGAUAAAGCUUCCUAUACUACACGUUUUAAACCAAUAUGAAAAGAUUGUGGCUUAAAAAGAGUUUGGACUUGAAUUACAUAAAGGUGCACGUAGUUGGAGAGGGGGAGGAAGGUAAAUGUCAGUAAAAAUUUGGUCUUUGCUAGUUAAUUAUAAAUAGCUGCUUGAUUGUUGCUGCCCGCACAGGGCAGCCACUUAUUUUUGUCUUGAAAGCGUCUGACAACUCGAUUUUCCGGGGAAGUUUGUUUCGCUGUUUCAGUUAGCAGGUUCCAGUCCCCGCCGUGUAAAGUCAAGUAAAAUGGCGGCCAAACUUUGAGCGCUAAGAAAGUGAAAGUCUAUGAUUCUUUCUCAACCCGCUUUAACCCAUUGACACCCAGGAUGCUUUUCGUUCCAUGAGCCCAAACAGUAAUCGGCUGUUUAUCGCUGUGGACCACGAACACAAUCGAUGAAAUUUUGUCACGAGAAGACAAUUUGUUUCAAAACGGCCUAGACAAUCAACUCAGCAGAAUCAUUUUUAACAGAAAACCUUUCUAUUGGGCAUUAUUGCUAAGACAGAGGGCAUUCACCCAACAGUAUCGAUAUUGUUAAGACAGGGCAUUCACCCGACAACACAAAGAGCAUUUACCAGGCAGUAUUAAUGUUGUUAACACAAUGGCUGAUUCACCCAGUAGUAUUGAUAUUGUAAAGACAGUGGGCAUGAUUCAACCGACAGUAUCAAUGUUCUUGCGACAGUGGCAUUUACCCGGCAGUGGUAUUAACAUUUUAAAGACAGUAGGCAUUCAUUUGGCAGUGUUGAUGCUGUAAGGACGGUGGUGGGCAUUGACACCCAACAAGUAUUAAUAAUAUUGUAAAGACAGUGGACAUUCACUCGACAGUCACAGAGGGCUUUCACCCAACAGUACCGAUAUCGUUAAGACAGAGGGCAUUCAACCGACGGUAUUAAUAUUGUAAAGACAGUGGGCAUGCAUUCUGCCCUGCAGUUUUAAUGUUGCAAGGACAGUGGGUAUUCACCCGACAGCAUCAAUAUAAUUUUUAAGCCAGAGGACAGUCACUCGACAGUAUUAAUAGUCUGUCAAAACAAUGGAUAUUUGCCAGAUCGUAAUAUAAGUGUAAAGACAAUUGGCAUUUACCAGGUAGUAUUGACAGUGUAACUGCAUGUAACUGUACUGGAAAAUUGCAGUAACCGGCCCUACGUCUUACACUCCAUGUGAUAAGUUAAGGUUUUAAUUAAUUAAGUAUCUUAGGUAGUUUUGUUAAAUAAUAAACAGUGUAUCAAAUUUUAUUGUACGCAGAAUUGUUCUUUUCUUAUCAUAGGCUUUACUCUUUUCAUUAAGGGCGCAAUAUUUAAACCAAACGUAAUAAGAGAGUUAUGAUGUUUUGAAAAUAUCUUCUAAAGAGCGCUUGAGGAAUCUGGGUGGGUAUCCAAAUCUUCAAACGGCUGCCUGUGACGCUUGUGGCAUAGCUCAAUCAAAAAUUACGUUUUGCCUUAGUCGAAAAAAAGACAAAAUGACGUACAGGUGACCCAGAAGGCGUCGCGUGUCCUGUCCCCGUUGCAACUGCUGAAAAAAGCCGAUCAUUAAAAUGAAACACUAGCUUCGUGUUCGUGAUAAACUCAGAGUUCGUUAUGCAGGUCAGGAGGCAACAUCCUUGUGCAAUAGGCCACUUCCGAGUUCCAAAAACCCUCACUUUCAAAAUGAGGCUAGGUACACAACCUUUCUUGUGAAAAUGAGUUUUAUUUGCAUGAGAAUGAAAAAUGAUUUCCAUAUCAAAGGCUGAGCACCUACCUUUCUGACUGGCUAAAAUCCCCCGGCUAAUUCUUCAUAACCAGCUGGCGUUGACCAAAUUUGGAAGAUGCAAACAUUGAUUUGAUUGUAUAUUUGACUGGAAACGAGGCUGCUUAGACAACAUACAUCGGUCAACCUCGUUUCCAGGCGCAGCCGCCUAGCUGUUUAUUUACACGCGAGAACUAAGAAAUAGCGAAAUAGCUGAAUUUCUGACUAAAACUGAAAACGGAAGGUAACAGAUAAUGGAAGAAAACGCUAAACAUGUUGUUCGAUAGAUGUUAUCUACUUUAUGAGGAGUACAUAUAUCUACAGCAAAAAAAGAACCUGUUUAUAUCCUGAAACUGUGCCAAUAAAAAGUCUUCGAGGACGGGGUCAGUGGAUAACAUUCUCUUCGAUCUGCGUAAUUAUUCACAUCAUACCAAAUUCAAUAUAAUUGUUAAAUAUGGCUGUCAAAGGUAACUGCUCACUCGUAAUUAAACCGAACCUGCGUGAUUGAUUUUCCACUUUUAAUUAAUGUCUGUGUUUUCACAGAAAAAAGUGUGAAAGAGUGCGUCAAAUAUGUCUUGAACCAAUAUAAUGGGCGCAAUGACAUGUUUACAUGCUGUUUUUGUUUAAUCAAUAUUAUUACACGAAAAGUUUUUGGCUGUUUAAGCUUGAAUAAAAAGAGUAUUUUUAAAAAUUAGCGGCGUGUAAUCUGGUGUUGGCGACUCUCCUGCGGUAUUUCGCGAAAAAAAGGUGACAGGGGGUGCUUGACGAUCGAAAACAGGUGCAUGCCUCCAGUGCAUCUGCGCCGGCCAAUUCUGUAAUUUCGGUCAACUGGAAUCGUUUUGAUAAUCCGCUGGGCUGCUUAUGAAUCUACUUGAACUGAACUAAACUACUUCUGUUAAUUGACGUGUCAUAUCUUCUAGCUGGCUCCACGUAGGCUACUAAUCGGGGACACCUUCAUUAAGGUAUUCUUACAAAGGCAGCCGGCAAGACAAUCCAAGGUAAUAUAAAACAAGGAUAUCCUUCAGAUAUCCUUUCCUAAAUCUGUGGUUUAUCUGUUUAGGUACGUCACUUCUCUGUCGCUUUGUAUAUGCGUCAACAAGGGUUCCGGGUUGGGGAGGGGGGUAAUCCGUAAAAUGGCUUAUACGGAAUCGAAACGGGUAUAUGAAAGGGUAGGAAAAUCUGUCAUUUUGGUAAGCAUACUUGGCAGACCAAAAUGACAGAUUGACUGAGGAACUAAAAGAACCAACGGAAGGUUUUCAUGGCUGUGAAAAAGUGGAGAAAAUUUCCUGGUUUGAUGAUUUAUCCAUGAUCAAAAGACAUUGCAUUUACAGCAGUUGUAAGGAAUGCAGUAAUCUAAACUACAAAGGUACGUAAAGGGGGUACCAUUUGUCAAUGGGUGGAAUACGAAAGGGGUACAUUAUCUGUCAAAAAUGGUACUAAAAGGGUAAGGGGUUGGACCUCAGGGCCGACACUCCCCGUAUAAAACUCUGUUGAGUACCCCCCGGGACAAAGAUUGGAAAAUUAAAGAUAAAUAAGUGAGGAAGUUACUGACAUAUUAGUCUUUGUUGCGUUUAAAAGUAAAAUGCUAUAAAAAUCUUACUUAAAUUUCAAAAAAAUGUAUGACACCCAGGAUGCUUUUCGUUCCAUGAGCCCAAACAGUAAUCGGCUGUUUAUCGCUGUGGACCACGAACACAAUCGAUGAAAUUUUGUCACGAGAAGACAAUUUGUUUCAAAACGGCCUAGACAAUCAACUCAGCAGAAUCAUUUUUAACAGAAAACCUUUCUAUUGGGCAUUAUUGCUAAGACAGAGGGCAUUCACCCAACAGUAUCGAUAUUGUUAAGACAGGGCAUUCACCCGACAACACAAAGAGCAUUUACCAGGCAGUAUUAAUGUUGUUAACACAAUGGCUGAUUCACCCAGUAGUAUUGAUAUUGUAAAGACAGUGGGCAUGAUUCAACCGACAGUAUCAAUGUUCUUGCGACAGUGGCAUUUACCCGGCAGUGGUAUUAACAUUUUAAAGACAGUAGGCAUUCAUUUGGCAGUGUUGAUGCUGUAAGGACGGUGGUGGGCAUUGACACCCAACAAGUAUUAAUAAUAUUGUAAAGACAGUGGACAUUCACUCGACAGUCACAGAGGGCUUUCACCCAACAGUACCGAUAUCGUUAAGACAGAGGGCAUUCAACCGACAGUAUUAAUAUUGUAAAGACAGUGGGCAUGCAUUCUGCCCUGCAGUUUUAAUGUUGCAAGGACAGUGGGUAUUCACCCGACAGCAUCAAUAUAAUUUUUAAGCCAGAGGACAGUCACUCGACAGUAUUAAUAGUCUGUCAAAACAAUGGAUAUUUGCCAGAUCGUAAUAUAAGUGUAAAGACAAUUGGCAUUUACCAGGUAGUAUUGACAGUGUAACUGCAUGUAACUGUACUGGAAAAUUGCAGUAACCGGCCCUACGUCUUACACUCCAUGUGAUAAGUUAAGGUUUUAAUUAAUUAAGUAUCUUAGGUAGUUUUGUUAAAUAAUAAACAGUGUAUCAAAUUUUAUUGUACGCAGAAUUGUUCUUUUCUUAUCAUAGGCUUUACUCUUUUCAUUAAGGGCGCAAUAUUUAAACCAAACGUAAUAAGAGAGUUAUGAUGUUUUGAAAAUAUCUUCUAAAGAGCGCUUGAGGAAUCUGGGUGGGUAUCCAAAUCUUCAAACGGCUGCCUGUGACGCUUGUGGCAUAGCUCAAUCAAAAAUUACGUUUUGCCUUAGUCGAAAAAAAGACAAAAUGACGUACAGGUGACCCAGAAGGCGUCGCGUGUCCUGUCCCCGUUGCAACUGCUGAAAAAAGCCGAUCAUUAAAAUGAAACACUAGCUUCGUGUUCGUGAUAAACUCAGAGUUCGUUAUGCAGGUCAGGAGGCAACAUCCUUGUGCAAUAGGCCACUUCCGAGUUCCAAAAACCCUCACUUUCAAAAUGAGGCUAGGUACACAACCUUUCUUGUGAAAAUGAGUUUUAUUUGCAUGAGAAUGAAAAAUGAUUUCCAUAUCAAAGGCCGAGCACCUACCUUUCUGACUGGCUAAAAUCCCCCGGCUAAUUCUUCAUAACCAGCUGGCGUUGACCAAAUUUGGAAGAUGCAAACAUUGAUUUGAUUGUAUAUUUGACUGGAAACGAGGCUGCUUAGACAACAUACAUCGGUCAACCUCGUUUCCAGGCGCAGCCGCCUAGCUGUUUAUUUACACGCGAGAACUAAGAAAUAGCGAAAUAGCUGAAUUUCUGACUAAAACUGAAAACGGAAGGUAACAGAUAAUGGAAGAAAACGCUAAACAUGUUGUUCGAUAGAUGUUAUCUACUUUAUGAGGAGUACAUAUAUCUACAGCAAAAAAAGAACCUGUUUAUAUCCUGAAACUGUGCCAAUAAAAAGUCUUCGAGGACGGGGUCAGUGGAUAACAUUCUCUUCGAUCUGCGUAAUUAUUCACAUCAUACCAAAUUCAAUAUAAUUGUUAAAUAUGGCUGUCAAAGGUAACUGCUCACUCGUAAUUAAACCGAACCUGCGUGAUUGAUUUUCCACUUUUAAUUAAUGUCUGUGUUUUCACAGAAAAAAGUGUGAAAGAGUGCGUCAAAUAUGUCUUGAACCAAUAUAAUGGGCGCAAUGACAUGUUUACAUGCUGUUUUUGUUUAAUCAAUAUUAUUACACGAAAAGUUUUUGGCUGUUUAAGCUUGAAUAAAAAGAGUAUUUUUAAAAAUUAGCGGCGUGUAAUCUGGUGUUGGCGACUCUCCUGCGGUAUUUCGCGAAAAAAAGGUGACAGGGGGUGCUUGACGAUCGAAAACAGGUGCAUGCCUCCAGUGCAUCUGCGCCGGCCAAUUCUGUAAUUUCGGUCAACUGGAAUCGUUUUGAUAAUCCGCUGGGCUGCUUAUGAAUCUACUUGAACUGAACUAAACUACUUCUGUUAAUUGACGUGUCAUAUCUUCUAGCUGGCUCCACGUAGGCUACUAAUCGGGGACACCUUCAUUAAGGUAUUCUUACAAAGGCAGCCGGCAAGACAAUCCAAGGUAAUAUAAAACAAGGAUAUCCUUCAGAUAUCCUUUCCUAAAUCUGUGGUUUAUCUGUUUAGGUACGUCACUUCUCUGUCGCUUUGUAUAUGCGUCAACAAGGGUUCCGGGUUGGGGAGGGGGGUAAUCCGUAAAAUGGCUUAUACGGAAUCGAAACGGGUAUAUGAAAGGGUAGGAAAAUCUGUCAUUUUGGUAAGCAUACUUGGCAGACCAAAAUGACAGAUUGACUGAGGAACUAAAAGAACCAACGGAAGGUUUUCAUGGCUGUGAAAAAGUGGAGAAAAUUUCCUGGUUUGAUGAUUUAUCCAUGAUCAAAAGACAUUGCAUUUACAGCAGUUGUAAGGAAUGCAGUAAUCUAAACUACAAAGGUACGUAAAGGGGGUACCAUUUGUCAAUGGGUGGAAUACGAAAGGGGUACAUUAUCUGUCAAAAAUGGUACUAAAAGGGUAAGGGGUUGGACCUCAGGGCCGACACUCCCCGUAUAAAACUCUGUUGAGUACCCCCCGGGACAAAGAUUGGAAAAUUAAAGAUAAAUAAGUGAGGAAGUUACUGACAUAUUAGUCUUUGUUGCGUUUAAAAGUAAAAUGCUAUAAAAAUCUUACUUAAAUUUCAAAAAAAUGUGGCUAAAGUACAGUUUCUUUCACUUCAUGGGAUGCUGACUCUAUUUGGCAUGAAACCAGUAAGGAAAACAGACGCCAACAACAUGAAAGAUGACAAUUUAAGGUUCCCUGCUGAAACAAAAUAAACAAAUCCGCAGGGGCUUUUUUACAAGAAAACAUUUGAUAAUUAUUUUAAAAAAAAUAACGCAAAAUGAAAACUUUCAUCUAACUGUUACUGGGUGAGCCGCGGUUUUCUCGCCUUAACAGGCAGUAGCAAAAAAAGUUUGUCACCAAGGGAAGAGUCGAAGCAGGCUACCAGUUCCUUUCCGUCUUCACUUAGAAAAGUCCGGAAGAUUCAACGCUGUCCAGAAGGGAUGGGAUUGUCAAGGCUGGGGACCUUUCGAUCGAAAAGAAUCAUUUGAACUUAACAAAACUGUUAAGUGGGAAUCGACCUAACUUCGAAAGCUAUGUAUGUUUUCACGGGUUCUAAAGCAUCACAGAUCGCCAUAACAACGUUGCAGUGCUUUUUGGUCAUCUUGAACAUCGGCGGGAACUCGCUGGUGUGCGCAGUUAUAAUAAAGAACCAAGACAUGAGGUAUGUGUGCCUUAAGAUCUGCAAACAGCUUUCUUCGUGAAACCACUGUGACCACUGAUUUGGUAGGGGGGUGCCCCUGAGGCCUUCAACUGAAACUGGCAAAAACCAUUCUGAUUUUGCUACCCUGAGACUCAGCGACUAUUUUUUAUGACCCUUAUUCGUUUCAUUUCGCUUACCGAAUUAAGUAUUUUUUAAAUUAACAUGGUAGGAUUAGAUUUGUAAAAAGCGUUGGUACCACGUUGGUACGGUAAAUGUAGACUGCGCGGUCUGCCAAAGUUGACCCUGCACUGUUCAAGGGCCUUCGUUCUCAAAGACAUCCUGUCAAUAGUAAAAGUAUAUACCCUGUUCAACCUCGUUCCCAGGCUUCUCUCCUACGACGAGAAGGAGAGAACCCUGGGAACAGGGUUUUACCCUGUUUAAACUGCAGUUUAAAGCUGUUUUACCGACACUUAUCGGGUACCACACAGAGAGAAAAAAAGGAACAUUUGUGACCGAGUCGACAAAUAUCUUUCACGAAUAAUGUCUUUAUCUUUCUCCUGCUGAUCGCAUUUAUUUCACUUAUUUCCCCCAGAACUUCAAUUAACUUCCUUCUCAUGAACUUAGCUGUUGCCGACAUGACUGCUGCCACGUUCUUUCUACCACAAUUCAUUUUUCUCAGCUCCUCUGCUCACCCAGAUGGAGAGUCUGGCAAGAUAUUAUGCCGAUUGGUGACGGGGGGCACCAUAGCUUACAUCGGAGCUGUUGCUUCGGUUGCCACAAUGGUUGCCAUAGCAACUGAACGUUACUAUGCAGUGGUGCAUCCCUAUGAGAACAUAGGAAAGCUUACUGAUCGCAAAAUGAAGGUGCGUUUAGCGAAUGUCGUACGUCUGGUAGUAGCGUAAAAGGGCAAGAAGCGCGGGAUGCCUAGAUGUAGUCUCCCUCUUGGCGGUUACACAUGCCUCCGAGGUCUGCGAAAAAAAGCACGGGCAAUACGUACAGGGACGAAACUAAACUACGAAACUACGACGGCGACGUCAAUGAAAACCUCGCUGAAAAAAAUACUCCACAUCCUUUUAAGCCAUUUCGCGAUUAUCCCAAGUUUCCCAGUUACUUAAAAGAAGGGAAUUUAAGUUGGAGAAACUACUUUUCCCAGUGAAUUUGGAAAGCGGUUACCUCAACCCGAAAUCAAAUGUACGCGUCGGAUACAUCUAGAAAUCCGCUUCAAUCUUGCCUAGCGUUUCAUUCGAUCCUCUAUGUUUUACUGAUUACCUCUUUUUGAACAGACUUUUUCUCAUACCAUUGAAUUGGUUAAACACAGUAUCCAUAGAAGCAUGAAAAGAAGAGGUGGGAAACGUGGAGGCGCCAGGCUGGAGAAAUCGCCUUCGUUUACCAAAAUAAUAAGAGAAAUGAAGCAAUAACAUUUCAGAGCAAAUCUUCGUUAUAGAUAUUUGGAAAAUCGAUGGAGACAACUUACAAAUAUUUGUAAAAUAUAUUCCAGAUGGUCUUCUCACUUUCUGUUUAUAACUCAAGCAUGUCCUUUCGCGUAUCCGUUAGCUAAAAAAUAGUAUCCAAUGCGCAUGUGCAUCAGCUGACUGUGUCCCUUUGACUGUUUUAUUUUUUUGUUUGUUUUUGUUUUUGUUUUCCUUUUUUAGUUGACCGUAACUUGCUCUUGGAUCUUUGGAGUGAUUUUAAACAUUCCAACCUUAAUGUUUGGUGUUUAUGACGAGAAAGAAGGUGAUUGCAUUGACGUUCACCCUCAAGAGUGGAUGGAGAAGGCCUAUUCUGUGAUUUGGUCUCUGUUCACGGCAGUUUUACCUGUUUCUUUCAUGAUUACGUUAUAUUCACGUGUCGCAUACACUUUGUGGUUCAAACGAGCAGUGCAUGAUGGAAGAGAGAUCUCUCUACAACAGGUUUGAACAAAACUUCUUCUGCACCUUGAGCCGGUACCGUUUUUACUCGAAGGACCGUUGCAGCGCGAAAAUAGGGACUUUACGAUCCGACAAAGGUGACCUCCAUGAAAACCUCACUGAAAAUAGACUUCGCACCCUUUUGCUUUUUUUCGCGAUUAUUUCAAGGGGCCCAGUUACUUAAAAGAAGAGAAUUUUGGUUAAAGCUGAAGAGAAGGGACCGCGCCCGAGUUCUGACAGAGAUGGUAGAAUUUAUCGCCUUGCCGUUCCCGUUCCCAAGUAAACUUAAAAUUUGGUCAUUUCACGUCCUAGUUAUGAAGGGACGGCAAAGAAAUGUACAAAAAAGCGUGAUGCACGUGCAGAGUUGCUAUUUUGCUCAUUAAACCUAUUGCUUUUUUGACGUUCCUGUUGCCGUCGCCAUCGUAGUUUCGUAAGGUCCUUACUUUCCGACUUGUCGGAGCGGCGCUCAUGUGAAACGUUUUGUUUGUGAAAAACAUCGUACUCCAUCGCAUGGGAAAACCGGUUGGUUCACGGUUUGGGUGAAUGGUACGCAAAAUCCAGGACUGGUAAAUUUCGUUCCGGAAUCGUGUUAACCAUUUUCACAAAUCAGUUCCUUUACGUAAAAACGGUCGCGAAAGCCUGGAACUGGUAUCAAAGAUGGGUUUCAACGGAUGGUACUCGAAUUUCUGCUUGGAAUAUUCCAUCCGGAAAAACAGGACUACUUUCACAGAUGGCCGUUGUUCCCGUAAAUUUUCCGCUGCAACUCAAAAAGGGAUGUUGCGCUUACUUUCCAACCGGAUUUUUUGGUUAACAACCUCAAUUUUUCGGUUAUGUCGAUCCUAUCCUUACCCGGUCGUGUAAAAGUCAUAAGCCGUCCCGUGAGGCUAAAUGACCUGACCGCGCGGUUGCAGGGACACCGGGAUGGGUCCACCUGUAGAAAAUCUCUCCGGAAAAGGUGAAUCCCGCUUCCAGGGAGGCGUCUGUACUGUCGCAAUUUGUAAUAAUCAUCGCACUUUGUAAUACCUGUCGCGAUUUGUAAUAAAUCCAUCGCACUUUGUAAUACCUGUCGCAAUUUGUAAUAAACCGUGUCGCACUUUGUAAUAAAAAAGCUGUCGCAAUUUGUAACAACUGUCCAUCGCACUUUGUAAUAAACUAAGCUGUCGCAAUUUGUAAUAAUUCCAUCGCACUUUGUAAUAACUUUUUAAGAGUAAUUAAACUUACUUCGUCAACAUUAAUAUAACGCCAAAAUAUGCAUGGAACUUCAUAAACAAAGAUGGAGAUGACGUCUGCUAGCACGUAACAUCUCCGCUCAUUCAAACAUUUAACUUUAUUCACAGUCCUAAACAUUUUUUUAGAUUAAUGUUGAUUAGUCAUCUGACUUACGAAAUGCUGUAUUCUUGAACCUUGCUAUUGUACUAGGUGGCUUGCAUUCAAUGGUUACCCGGUGGGUGUACUUCCUUAUAUGGCCAAUUCGGGGAUGUGCCUCUGGACAGAGCAUUGCCAGAGUAGAGGAUCUAGACAGAGCUAGACACACUAGACACAAACAAGCCAUUAUUAAAAAGCAUUUAAUUUCCGCUAAUAGUAAUAUCCAUCCUACAUCAUUCGAAUAAGGACACCAGGAGCUAGAGUUCAAGCUUUUCUUGUUAGAUCUUAUAACAGGUUGACACAUCACGUGGUACACCGUUCUUGUCUAACGAGCAAUCUUAAAGAAGUAAUAGUGGCUUCCAUAUUUUGGCCAACUUAAUCAAACGAUUCCUGGAAAGAUUCAAAAUGUUUACUGGAAAUAAAACAAAACGUCACUAGUGGCAAACCUUCGAACCACAACAGAAACCUAAACACAAAAUCCAAUUAGUCGGUGGCCAAUACCUUCGUAUGUACCUGUUUUUAUAACACUCACUUGGGGUCUUACACUGAGCCGGCUGGGCAUUUGGUCCAUUAUUCUCACUUGAUUUGGUCCCAUAUAGGAACAAAAGGAGUACUCAUUCCGUCUUAAAACAAUUGUUUUCUGUAAGGAGUCCUCUAAAGCAAAUACCAUGGGGAUGGUAAAAAAUUAUCCUUCCCUGCGUAUAUACAACUCGUAAGACCUUGCAAUUCUUCCGAGCGUGUUCUGGAUUACUGUUUUUUUACAAAAUGGAAAGGAUGGAAUAAACCAUCCAUUACUACUUGAGUUACCCUAUCUAAGCAUCAAACCAAAGACACAAGGCCAACAACGCAAAAAAUGAUACCCUAUUAAAGGCUCGAGAUCCUCAAAAACCAUACCCUAUCAGGCGGUACUUACCUAUCUAGCCCAUCCAUAUAUGGGAUUAUCCCCCCCCCCUCCUCCGAAGACUUCACGUGUCACGUGGCAAGCAAACAUGGAUUUGGACGACGAAUGCCAGGUUAUUCAUGAAUUUUCUGUUGUUAAAUGUUUCCUUUCUUAUUUAAAUAUUUUUGAAUUUAAACGUGAUUCAUAUCUUUUUGGUGAUAUGCUUGUUUGACCAAAGAAAAUGUUUCGAACAUGUUACAUGCUAGCAGACGUCAUCAUCUUUGUUUAUGAAGUACCAUGCAUAUUUUGGCAUUAUAUUAAUGUUGACGAAGUAAGUUGAAUCACUCUCAAAAAAUUAUUACAAAGUGCGAUGGAAUUAUUACAAAUUGCGACAGCUUAGUUUAUUACAAAGUGCGAUGGACUGUUAUUACAAAUUGCGAGAGCUUUUUCAUUACAAAUUGCGACACGAUUUAUUACAAAUUGCGACGGGUAUAACAAAGUGCGAUGGAUUUAUUACAAAUUGCGACAGGUAUUACAAAGUGCGAUGAUUAUUACAAAUUGCGACAGUACAGCGUCCAAAUCCCGUCAACAACAUAAAUUUUGCGUUUUCCCGAAUCCCGCAUUAUGUUUCGCUCAAAUUCGGGAUCCCGAGGGUACCCUUCCCGACCCUGUAUACAGCGAACAAUACAGGUGCUUGAAUUCACCACUCUUUUACCUAUUCUUCCACAGGGCGUGCUGAGGGUACGAAAGCGAGUCACCUUGAUGGUUAUCACUGUUAGUGUCAUCUUUGGAGUAUGCUGGCUUGCUGACGCUAUAAGCUGGAUCCUAACCUCCUUUUCCUCUCACUAUGCCAGUAGUGAUAUGUCAUAUAUCGCCACUAGCACGUUGAUCUUGUUCAACUCGGCUAUUAACCCAAUUGUAUAUGCUUUAGUUAACCAGAAAUUCAGGGCCAAGAUCAAGUCAACUGUCAGCUGCCCUUGCAGUGUGACCCGAAAACUGCAAUUAACGGACGUUCGAGUGGGAUGUCAAGCUGAGGCCUUCACUCACUCACCUUAUUUGGCAGCAGUUAUCAGGAUUCCGGAAAACAAAAUUUCCAAUGCCCGGGCACUGAGUGCAGAAUGUAUAGCCAUCUAA